AAUCCAUCCCCUUCGUCUCUUAUCCACCGGCGCCGCGAGGAUGCCCGUCGAGCCCAGCCGCUGAACCAGAGGAGCCGGAAGCCAUGGCGGCCACGCCAACCACCCCAUUUCCCCACCUCCUCGCCCCGGCCCCACCGCACCUCGCCGCGCGCCCUUCCUUCUCCUCCACCCUUCGCACUCCCUCCAUCUCCUUCUCCUAUUCCCGCCACUACCGCCACCGCCUCGCCGCCGCGUCCAGGGACACGGCCAGCAACAAGGGGCAAGAGCAGGAGCAAGAACCUGCACCGUCCGCGGCAGCGGAGGCUGCGGACGGAGGAGCGGCGGAGGACACAGGGCCGGGGGACUCACCGGGCGAGAAGAGCCCGGAGGCGGUGGCGGUGGAGCUGAAGGAGGUGCUGCGGGCGCGGAAGGCAGCGGAGGCCGCCAAGGGCGGCGGGGGGUGGUGGGCGGGCGUGGCGCAGGAGAUGUCGGAGAUCGAGUGGCCGGCGCCCGGGAAGGUGGUGGGCACCACCGGCGUCGUGCUCGGCGUCAUCGCGGGCUCCACCGUCGCGCUGCUCUCCGUCAACGCGCUCCUCGCCGAGCUCUCCGAUCGCGUCUUCGCUGGCCGCGGGCUCCAGGACUUCUUCGGCUGACGCCGCGGCGUGGUCAGGUUUUCAUCAGGAUGAGGAUAGGCGUAUGCUGCCUCACUAGGAACUCAAAGGCAGCGAG